AUGAAUCUAGAGGAAGAGUGGGGCGAAACCAACCUAGAGCUCGACAAACCACCGCCGCUCGAGCACAUCCGGGAGAAGAAUGACAUGAUUGCUCGCUCUCUACCAGAAGACAUGCGCGACGUCACUCCGCUUGCCUUGCUGAGUGAGAGGACGAGGCCGGCGCGGGAUGCAUGGCGGCGCAGCGUGAGCACGAAGCAUCGGAGGAUCAACGAUGAGCUGCCGAGACACAGGUACCUGACGAGGUUCCGGAAGGUCGGCUCGAAAGAUCCGCGUGAGAAUACAGACCGGGAGGUGUGA